UCUCAGUGAAUCCGACACAUGUGUUCCACACAUCGCGUUGUAAAAAGCGCAUGAGUUCUGAAACACCGUGGAUGAGGCUUUAAGUGAACGGACUGGUCAAGAUGCUGAGUGAGUCAGACGCCAAAGAGCUGUUGUCUUUUCUCAAGCUGGACAUGCGUCCUGACGUAAAGGGCCAAGCCACAGAGUAUAUCCUGGGACUCACUGGAAACCGGGACGGUUGCCGUUACCUGCGGACUAAACCUGAUUUCCUGCGCGCUCUGCUCACACUCACUGCAGACUCCUCGGUCGCUAUCGUUAAAGACUGUUACCAUGCGCUUAUCAACCUCUCUGCCGACGAGACACUUCAUCAGGUUAUGGUUAAAGAGACGGACAUCCUGCCCACCCUGCUCAAGAACCUUCUAGACCCCAAGUACAUGUUCUCGGACCGUAUUUGUACAAUCAUCUCAAACUUGUCCCGUCACGAGAAGACGUGUAGAGAGGUGUUCAGAGCCAUUCAGGAGCAUAAUAUAGGACUGGCGAAACUCGUGGAGAUAUUCUGCACGGAAGGCUACAACAAGCACGCGUCUCUUCACUACCUGGGUCCCUUACUGUCCAACCUCACUCAGUUACCCGAGACGCGACACUUCAUCCUGGACAAAGAGAGGUGCGUUGUGCAGAGACUCCUCCCAUACACGCAGUACGAAGCCUCCACAGUCAGACGCGGGGGAGUGGUGGGAACGCUCAGAAACUGUUGUUUUGAUUACGCUCAUCAUGAGUGGUUGCUAAGUGAUGAGGUGGACAUUUUGCCCUUUCUGUUGCUACCGCUAGCAGGGCCGGAAGAACUAACUGAUGAAGAGAAUGAAGGAUUACCCGUGGACUUGCAGUAUCUGCCAGAGGACAAGAAGAGAGAAGAGGAUCCUGACAUUCGCAAGAUGCUUAUUGAGACGCUGCUAUUGCUGACGGCCACUAAAGCAGGCAGACAGAUCAUGAAGAGAAAAAACGUCUACCCCAUCAUGAGAGAAUUUCACAAGUGGGAGAAGGAACCGCAAGUCAUUUCGGCUUGUGAAAAAUUGGUUCAGGUCUUGAUCGGGGACGAGCCAGAGGCCGGGAUGGAGAAUCUGAUGGAGGUGGAGAUUCCUGCUGAUGUGGAACAGAAGCUGAAGGACUUGGACGCCAAAGAGCAGGAGCAAAUUGAGAAGGAGAUGGAGGAGCUGCGCGAGGAGAAGAGCGAAAAGGAGAAACCGGAGGGGCAGAGAGAGGAGAGCGGGGAGAGCCAGCCAACCAGCACAAGUCCAGAAGGGCUGGAGAGAUGAACACGCCCUGACUUAUCAUCUUGUGUUAGGACCAGUGUUCACACGAAAAACAUCACAAAACCCACCCUGGAACAUGGACAGAACAACAACACGUCACUUCUCCUCCGGGUGUCAUGGACUUUGAACAAUAUGUGUUUUAUUGUCACGUGUUAUCAAAUGGAAAUCUAAUCCAGAU